AGACAGAAACCAAACGAUAUUUGCUAUUUACUCCAAACUAUAUAGCAAGAUAACUAAUAAACAACUGUGGUGCAAUAUCUCCCAAGUUUUAAAAAAAUCCCACACUUUGCGUAACUUCGGAGUUCAGCGAAGUCACAUGAAAUUAUUUGAUGAAAUGGUUUGUGAUGAAAGCACAACAUCAGCUAACAAUCGAACUUUCUAUUGGCCAAUAACAAAAAUAGGAACUACUGCAGAGCUCCCAUGUUAUGGAAAUGUAGCCACAAGAUACUGUUCUCCCAGAACGGUAGGAGACUCAGAAAUGGCAUCAAGUCAAUAUAUGACAUCAGCAAAGUGUUCACCGUUUACUGGUAUCUGGCAAGUACCAGACAUGUCUCAGUGCUACAAUGCAGAGAGGAUUAUUCAACGACUAAGUACCAUCGCAAGAAAAGACAUUCAUACAGGAAACAUCGACAAAAUUUCAAAAAAGGUCUUAGGUAUAUCACAGAAAUCAAUGUAUUUCAAAGAAGAUGAUGCUAACUUCGCUGUAGACAUUCUUGAGAAAAUGGUGCCAUUGAUAUCGAAAGUGACUGUGAAUAAUGCACUUCGCUCUAUCAACAAUUUGGUAAACAUACCAGAGGAGGUUUUGGCUGGGGCAGAACAAGAGAAGAGAAGUGCCAGCAGAUUGCUGAACAUUAUAGAAGCGAUGCCAGAAAAGAUUCCACUGGAAGAGCAGCAAUUCGCAGUUUCAUACUCGAAUCUUGCUAUUGGUGUUGCCAAAGUGAAUAGGGACACUUUCGAUGGUCUUUUCUAUGGGGUUUCAUACGGAACUAAUGAAACAGAAGGAAGCACAAUGAUAUAUGACUCACCAAAUCUCGACCAACAAGAAGCAGAUAUGAAGACCUCUAUUUCAUUACCAAUGAAUUUAUUAAAACAUCUGAAAGACGAAGAAAGGGCAUCCAUUUCACGGAUAAACUUUUUCUCCAUGCGGGAUGAUAAACUAUACAGGGUAACACAAAACCCUAGUACCAAGCAAAAUGCUAGAAUCAACAGCCAUGUUCUUGCUGCCAAUGUUCCUAACAUUACAAUAAACAAGCUUGACGAGCCACUUAAUAUAACCUUCAAUCUAAUACAUCAGAAUGCCAGCAACUUACAAUGCGUUUACUGGGAUGAAAGCCCAGGACUGAGUCCCCGUUGGUCGCCGAAUGGCUGUUAUAAAUCCGUAUCCAAACAUGAAUCUGGAAUGGAAGUAGUUUGUUGCUGCGACCAUCUUACAAGUUUUGCCUUACUAAUGAAUGUCUACCAGACUGAAGGAGAGACAGACAACGCCUUAUCUAUUAUAUCCUACACUGGCUGUGGAAUAUCAUUUGUCUUUCUCAUUCUUACAAUAAUAAUUCAUGUUUGUUUCAGAAUCAACAUUUCUCUGCACCCAUAAAAACUAUUUCUUCAGAUCUAUUGUUACCAACCGAAUCUUCACAAAGCAAAAGAGAAAUGGAGACAGAAAAAGGAUAAUGUCCUGCCUAUUUGAAGAUUAUGGAAAUAUUUACAAAACAUUUGAUUUAUUUUUUUCUUCGAUCUAAUUGUUUUUCUUGUUUUACUCUUAGUUGAAAAAGUUGAAAAGACUAAAACCGGUACUAACCGUUACAAAAUGUACUUCAUGAUAAAAUUAUUUUAGCAUUUCCUA